AUGGACUCAGAUAGACUGCACGAAGCUCCGGCCGACUGGCCCUCGAACCACUCGAGACUCUCGCAAGGCAGUGGAGGGUUACUCUGGGCUGAGAGCACACUGAAGUCGAUCACACACGAAUCACGUAUCACCUCUGACAUGCAUUCAUUACGCGACAUGACGCGACGCCGCUGGAAGGCGAGAGCUGGGCUGGCGAAGGCCAAAGGCCGUCCAGUCGUCCCCAUAAUCUCCAUCGCUAUUUUCUCUCAUACCAACCAUAACAAGUUUCCUGAUUCCUGGUAUGACCAACAUAUAUACCUCUUUAUCCAUCAUCGCCUAGGAGGUCGAGCGCUUGGAACGAAUCUGGAGGAUAAUCUUGCCAUCCACAGCAUCUACCAAAGUCCGCAUACCCCUCUGCGACUUUCCCAACGUGGUGGACAUAGACGGUUUCUCAACGGUCCUCCCACCCUUUUUCCUUCUUACGACUCUUUAUUCUACGUCGGCGCACCUUCACGCCGACCCCGACACGUCGCGGUAGCACGCUGGCAGCGAGCGCACCACACCACAAGCAACAGGAUGGUUGACUUGUCCCAUUCCUCUUCCCGCAUGGGAGAGAGCGAUAACGGGGUAGCUUCUCGUCAAGGACUUUCCACGGACAUCGCGUCGUUGCAGUCCUGUCUGGAGGGGUACACCUCCCAUUCAGAGAACUGUUCGUAUCUUCAUGAACGAGCUAUUUCCGGCACACCAAUGGGGCCUGUUAAGGCAAUCACAAUUGUACCAGUCUCCCGGCUCGCUUUUCCCAAUACCUUCCCAAACUCCUCUCCUCGCCGCAAAACACCCACCAUCUCUCCUCCGCACCGUGGAUUCGUCCAUAUUUCAUCGCCUCUGGCGGCCAGGGACGAGUCUGUUCAACGGCGACCCCAACCCCCAUCGCGUGCCGCUUAUCGACGCAAUCACCACCACCACGGUUAUUCUCGACAAGCUUUCUCCCUCACGAAAGCGUUCUGGACAUCAAGGAAGGAAGGGCACCGUGACCAAUCAGCGGGGAACUCCGAGACAAGCUCAUCUUCAGUUUCACCCAAACCGAAGGUGUUAACCAACCAUCCCAAAAGCUUCCGCCCUAUGGAAUCCUUCGAAAGCGAGGACCAGCCGUCAUCUGUGCCCCCACUUACCAUAUAUCCUCGUAGGGGAGAUAUCACGGCACUUCGCGACCCUUAUUGCGUUGAAGCUGAUCAAUGCUUCGCCAAUGUUCCCGUUUGGACCCUGUCUAAGGUCCUCUGGGUCCACGAUAUGCACGCGAUCCCUGAUCGUACGCCAACCCCUAGAAGCCAGCCAUCGCCAUCGCAGGAGUUGGACGAGGACCCCUUUGACGAGACCGCGAGCGAGAUCUCGCUCGACACCACGACUUCCAUGGGUUUCAGUGACGAUUCGGAAUCAACCUUGGUCGAAAGCGAUCCCGAAUGGGAACCCUGUGGUGACGUUGAUGGUCAAUGUAAGACCAAAGGUCAUCGGUACUGCGGAGGUGCACCAUCACACAACCAAUCCGCUGGAUCGUCUUCUUCGUCGACUGAGCCCGAUGUUUCGUCUUCUCUUAGCUGGGCGAAGAAUCUUUAUCUCAGGCCACCGGUUACAUCCCAACACGUCCCUUCCAGCACCGCUCCUCUGAACUGGUAUCGACGAUGGGACAUUUUGCUCGAGUUGUCUCAUUGUAAGAAGCGCCCCGAGAAAUCACCGCCGACUCCUACGAAGCCCCUUCCAAAGGCCAUCCCACCAAAUCCUGUCUUGCCUUCGAAGCGGCUUUCAUUCACUCGCAGCUUCCUUACUGGUCUCAGAAAUAAAUCGACACCCAAACCGGGGCGGACUUCAUCUUAUAUCCCCCAGGAUUCAUUCAUCAAUCCUUCACAUCCAGCUGCUGGCUAG